AAGCGCUUCCAGACCAUCGCCGUCAACUUGAUCAAGUCAAUCGAGGCACACCGGUUCUCGUCCCCGUUCUUGGCUGCGGUCAACGCCCCGAAUUACAAAAAAGUGAUCAAGCACCCGAAGGAUUUGAAGUCCAUAUUGAAAGGGGUCAAGAAGAAACAGGACCAGGCUGUCUACACCACCGUGAAAGAGCUCGAGCGCGAUAUCAUCCUCAUGUUCACGAACUGCGUGAUGUUCAACAAGCUGCUGGCUCCUUUGGUUCAGAUGGCCCAGGAAAUGAAAGAUGAUGCGCGGAACACGUUCAAGAUGUUUGAGGAGGCCGAG